AUGCAUGCCAGAAACCCCCAUUCUCCUUUUCAAAGACUACAUAUGAUGGAUUACGAUCUUUCAGCUCAGCAGGACACAGGGACCAUGCAAGCUGUAAUUGGUCAGGAUCCAAUGAUAGCUGGACAAGUCAGUAAGCCCUUGCUGUCACUACGGAGUGAAAUGAAUGCAGAGUUGAGAGGUGAGGACAAGGCAGCUACUUCAGACAACGAGCUGAAUGAGCCCCUGCUUGCGCCUGUGGAAUCAAAUGACAGCGAGGACACUCCCAGCAAGCUCUUCGAGGCCAGAGGAAACACAGUGCUGCCUGAUACAAGCCCAGCAGACCAGCACCAGCCCAGUCAGUCCCAUCCUACAUUCCCUGUUGGGCCUCAGCCACUACUGACAGCCCAACAGUUAGCCUCAGCAGUAGCGGGGGUGAUGCCAGGAGGCACUCCAGCCCUGAAUCAGCCAAUCCUUAUUCCUUUCAACAUGGCUGGGCAGCUGGGGGGCCAACAAGGACUCGUCCUAACUCUACCUACAGCAAAUCUCACCAACAUCCAAGGACUGGUAGCAGCAGCUGCAGCAGGAGGCAUCAUGACUUUGCCAUUGCAAAAUCUACAAGCUACCUCAUCCCUCAACUCUCAACUUCAGCAGCUCCAGCAUCUGCAGCAGCUCCAGCAUCAACAGCAGCAGCAAAGCCAGCAGCAGCAGCAAGCUCAGCAGGCACAGACUCCACAGACAACCCAGCAAUCACAGUCAUCAGCACCACCACAGCAGAGCCAAACACAGUCCCAGAAUCAGAGCCAACCACCUCCAGCCUCACAGUCCUCCAGCUCCCCUCAGAAACCCAGCCAGUCACCAAGGAAUAGCCUUCCAUCUCCUCUUACUUCACCAAAUCCAUUGCAGUUGGUUAAUAAUCCACUAGCAAGUCAAGCAGCAGCAGCUGCAGCAGCAGCAGCCAUGGGCUCAAUAGCAAACUCCCAGGCCUUUGGAAACGCUCUCUCCAGUCUUCAGGGGGUCACAGGCCAACUCGUCACUAAUGCUCAAGGACAGAUUAUUGGAACAAUCCCACUGAUGCCUAAUCCAGUCCCGUCCAGCCAGGCUGCAGGUGGAGCUCAGGGACUUCAGGUGCAGCCGAUAACUCCACAGUUAUUGACCAAUGCCCAGGGUCAGAUCAUCGCCACUGUCAUCGGCAACCAGAUACUCCCAGUGAUCAAUACCCAGGGAAUAACACUAUCGCCGCUCAAACCAGGCCAGCAGCUCCAUCAGCCCUCCCAGACACAAGUGGGACAAGCAGCCUCACAAUCCAAUCUCCUGCAUUUGGCUCACAGUCAAGCAUCUAUGUCUCAAAGCCCAGUGCGUCAGGCUUCCUCUUCUUCCUCCUCAUCCUCCUCUUCAGCUUUGAGUGUUGGCCAGUUAGUCAGCAAUCCUCAGACAGCUACUGGAGAGGUGGAUGGGGUAAAUCUGGAAGAAAUACGAGAAUUUGCCAAAGCUUUUAAAAUCCGGCGCCUGUCCCUUGGCCUGACACAAACUCAAGUUGGUCAAGCCCUAAGCGCCACCGAAGGCCCAGCCUAUAGCCAGUCUGCCAUCUGCAGACACACCAUCCUGAGAAGCCACUUUUUCCUACCACAGGAAGCCCAAGAGAACACUAUAGCUAGCAGUCUGACAGCCAAACUGAACCCUGGCCUUUUGUAUCCUGCCAGGUUUGAAAAGCUGGACAUCACCCCUAAAAGUGCCCAGAAGAUAAAGCCGGUGCUUGAGCGGUGGAUGGCUGAGGCUGAGGCCCGCCAUCGAGCAGGGAUGCAGAACCUUACCGAGUUUAUUGGGAGCGAACCAUCCAAAAAGCGCAAGAGGCGUACCUCAUUCACGCCACAAGCCCUCGAAAUCUUGAAUGCCCACUUUGAGAAGAACACGCAUCCCUCUGGGCAAGAAAUGACAGAGAUUGCAGAGAAACUGAACUAUGACCGGGAAGUAGUUAGAGUUUGGUUCUGCAAUAAGAGGCAAGCACUGAAGAACACAAUUAAACGUUUGAAACAACACGAGCCCGUGACAGCAGUUCCUAUGGAGCCUUUAACAGACUCUCUGGAAGAAAACUCCUAAAAGCAAAACAAAACAAAGCCAAAUCACACAGAAAAAAAUCCCACAUCAACUGAAACAUGUCCGUUUGAACUCUGUGAAAAUACCUAUUCGUCACCCUUGUAAGUAAAAGACUGAGAAAACUACAAGAAGGACAGAACAAUUUAUAAAUGUCCAUGGG